GCCCUACAUAAGGUCAAAAUGGCGGAGAAUAACAUGUGCAUUUGUUAUGGUUUGGCUAUUUCGCCCUGAGAGCGUUAUAUGAAACGGUUGAAGGAAAAUGUACUCUAGAGUACCACCGCCAACCAAAGAUGAUUUAAGAUGUGAUGUUUUCAACAAUGCUAGUGAAGAUAAUGGGCCGAAAGCGAACAACGGUGACGAUAAAGUCUCUGCGCCUGAAGUAAACAAGAAAAAUCAUGACACAUCUGAUUCAACUGAAAGACCAAAAAAUAUUUCACAGCAAGCAUGGGAGAAAUUUCAAGCUCUGCGCAAAAGAAGAGAAGAUAUGUCAAGAAAAUCAACGGAAAAACGUAUCAGGGAUUUGCAAAAGAACGUCUUACAAAAAGUGUCAGCAGAGAUCCAACAUCCCGAAGACAUAAACAUAAUGAGAAAGCACAAUGUUAGGAUACCAGGCAGACCAAACCAAGAAACUGGGAACACUGAGAAGAAAAAAAGAAAGCAUUCAAGUACAGAAGAAUAUCAAAUUCUAGGGAGAACUGCAAGUUGCAGUGAACAAGAAGAGUGGCAAAAUAUCAAGCAAUAUCUGGGAGCCAGUGAUCACUUGAAGGGAACAGAUCUAGGCAAACACGCGCCAAAGACAAAACUGGAAGACAUUGAUUUGUGCGUGAAACAAGGAGACUUUGAAACUGCAGAGAAACUAAGUGAUAAAUUAGCCAACAGGGAGUUUGGAAAGAAGAUAGCAGAUGCAAUAGAUGCUAAGAAGUUUGUAGAGGCCAAAAAGGAAGGAGAGGAAUCGGCUGUGUCCAGGAAGAAAAAGAAGCUUCACUGGGUUUUUCAACCCAAACAAAAGUGGGAGACAAAAUCAAAUAUGUGACAUAUGUCUUUGGUGUGGUAAGUGGAUGGAUUCCAGUGCCACUUUUAACCAGCAGAACAUUCAGGCUUCCAUUUUAGAAUAUCUAAAUUUAAAGAUGUCACUGCUCAGUUUUGCAUGUGUCUAAUGCAUACUAGUUGCAAAAGUCACAGAGGAAAUGUUGUAUGGUUGAACUUGAAAAUUGAACAAUUUUGAAAUGUUAUUUUAAGCAAAAGUGAAUAAAUUGACUUGGAACAUGAUGGAUGUAAAUUUAAUUAACUUAUUGAGGAAUGUUAAUGUCUUUAUAUGAUUUAAAAGACUAUAUUCAUAACAACUUAACAAGAGAAAGAAAAUAAAUUUAUUUAUUUAA